ACUUUGAGAGAGCUCGCGGCAGCCAGGCGGAGUCUUGCGUCGUCUUGGGAAACGCAGCAUAUUGUCAGACCAGCCCCUGGGCGGAGGAUCUGGAGAUUGGUGCCUCUGCUUGCUCUUUCCCACUCGGUUUUAACACGCUCGGUUUAGUUCCGGGCAGAGACAGACACUUACAGCACGUAAGUGGACUCUAGACGGCGGAGUUAAAGACUUCAGAGACGCGCAACCCAGGAACGGAUAGAAGCGAACAGACCGUAUACGCUGCGUUUUCUCGUCAUAUAUGUUCUCUAGUUUUUGAAAACCAAGUGGAAUCGGACACAGUGAACGACACAGAUAUGUGUAACCGAGCAGGAAGAUGCUGGGAAGAUCUAGGCCGGUGGGCUUAGGAGCUCUGCAUGCGCGCUCAACCUGAAAUCAGUCCCUUUUGCAUCUAUAUGAAAGUUUGAGCUGAGCGUGAUGGCAUCUAGUCUUACAUGUGCAGGUGUGGUAUGGGCCCUGUUGUCCUUCCUUUGUGCAGCCACAUCUUGCAUAGGCUUCUUCAUGCCAUACUGGCUGCUUGGGUCGCAGAUGGGUAAGCCGGUGUCGUUUGGAACGUUCCGCCGCUGUUCCUAUCCCGUAAGGGAUGAGGCCCGUGGUGGGACGGUUAUGUUGGAGCAGUGUGGGCGCUAUGCCUCCUUUCAGGGCAUCCCGAGUCUGGAGUGGAGGAUCUGCACGGUGGUGACGGGGACAGGCUGCGGACUGCUUCUCCUGGUGGCUCUCACGGCAAUCAUGGGAUGCUGUGUUACGGAUCUAAUCUCUCGGACCAUCGGAAGAGUGGCAGGAGGGAUACAGUUUGUGGGAGGGCUGCUGAUCGGAUCGGGAUGUGCCCUGUACCCUUUAGGGUGGGACAGUGAAGAGGUCAGACAGACUUGCGGCAACAGCUCUGACCAGUUCGAUCUUGGUUCUUGUGAGAUCGGAUGGGCUUAUUACUGCACCGGGGCUGGAGCUGUGGUGGCCAUGCUGUUGUGCACGUGGAUGGCAUGUUUCGCAGGGAAGAAACAGAAACACUACCCUUACUAAACAU